AAAUCCUUUAAUGUUAGUGACCAUGUAAGUUUAAAACAGUAAGAUAACUUACUUUACCAGUGGUAUCCUUUCAGUAUACUUGCCUAGAAGCCUUUGGUUGUAUCCACCGUGGCCACAGGCGCUGCGGCCUGGAUCAUUACACUAGAGAAGUGAGAUGGUUCCUCAAUAAAUGUGACAUGCUGGAAUUCAACUGUGAAUAUAAAACUCGCUUCGACAUAGCUCCGAGGCGAAAAUGCGGGCAUGUACCACCAUUGUAGUAUGUUUACAAAACUAUCGAUCAUUUACCGGGAGGCAAACAGGAAGUUUUAGUGUUCGUAGUAGCAUGUUUCGUCACAGCGGCUCUGUCACACGGGCCACCUCAAGACCGUGAUAGCGAGGACAUCGCCAUGGGGCGGAAGGUAAAAAAAAUGGGUGCGAAAUGGUGCAGCAUGGCAAAGGUUUGCAAUCACGACCGCGUGCCGGUGUGCGGGCUCAGCCACGCCGGCGAGGUGAUGGGCUUCCGGGACCUCUGCGAUAUGUUCGAUUACAACUGCAUCCGGAGACGGAAUUACAAACAAACGGCGUGUCCUGAAGACAGGUCCAUCUUGACGGUGUCGCGUCGGCCAACCAACAGCUACUAUGACGACUAAACCAUCAGAACUCCCUUCAUAUACAUCAAUUAUUUCUAUACAUUCAAGUUCAACAAGCAGAAACCUAUU